AAUCAUCAGUACUGAUUCGAUCCGCAUGCCAAAUCGAACCGCGACACCCCGAUAACACCGAUGCUCCAACCGUGCGAAUCCAUCACGAGUGGACGCUUAUCAGGCCGAGGAAGUGCGUGUGCGCAAAAAAACGUCCGUCACCCUAUCCAGCUGGUUGUAAAUAUACAGUGCCGCCAUUCAGCCAUCAGUCAGUCGCAAAUGAACCUUUGAACUGUGAGACGCAAAAAACAGCGUUUCUUUUUUUCUGCUCUCUAUCGCUGCUCUACUCUAUAUUGUUCUAACGCCGCCACUUUCGAAAUGAGUUCCUCCAACUGCAAGUGUUCCUGUACGGCAGCUCUGUUCGGAUUGAGCCUGGCCGGGUUCCUGCUGUCGCUGUACACCUCGUACGUGGAGAUCCGUGCCGAGCGGGACCACAACUAUCAGGCCAUGUGUGACAUUAGCGAGCGGGUUAGCUGCAGCAAGGUGUUUACAUCCGCCUAUGGUCGCGGUUUCGGUCUCAUCGGUCCCAUCCUAGGACCGGACUCGGCCCUCAAUCUACCGAACGGAUUCUACGGCAUCUUCUACUACUUUCUCGUUGCCGGACUCGUCUUCAGCAACAACAUUCGGGUGGCUCGGCUAAACUGCUACCUAACCGGACUGUCCAAUCUGUUGUCGAUCUAUCUGGCCUAUCUGCUGUACUUUGUGCUGGAGGAUCUGUGCGUCGUGUGCGUGACGACCUACGCUGUCAAUCUGAUCAGCUUGAUCGUAGCCCGCCAGAAGCUGCAGAUUCUGGUUCGGGAGGAACAGGUUAUGCGAGCGAUCCGGAAGGAUCGUUAAAUGGUUGGUCAGUUUUGACAGUAGUAAGAAACAUUAAAAAGCUUUUUUUGAUUGCUUCAAUUCGUUCCAAGCCAAAUAUAAAAAACCUGUUUUAAUCCACCUAUAGGUGCAA